AUGCGCUUGGGCACGCUGGAACUGGCCAAGUUAGCGGCGCAGCGCUGCCGUGCCAAGUUUGACGAGCUCUUGAGGCGAAGGCAGCUCUACGAUGCGGAGUUGUGCCUUGCGGGGAUUUUUGAAGUCUCCGCUCUCGCACGUGCUCAGCUAUCCCGCUGCUUGCGCCACUCCUCGCCUUGGCUGAUGCCAACGGUGGUGACGGAUGAGGGCGACUGGAGGAGUCGCUGGGUGGAGUGGAGGAGCUUCUUGGGCAGCUGCCCGUACUUCUGGCUGGAGACCAAUGAUGAGUCCUUUUGGGCAAGAGCUGAGACGUUUGGACAUGGUGAUGCCGUUGAGUUCAACACUGACGUGUCGGGCUAUGAGCUCCGUCGUUUGGUGGCAUUCCCGGCACCACAUCUCCGGCAGCUUUUCGAGGAGCUGUGCCACCCGGAGGAGGCCGAGGAGAGGUACACCAUAGCCGUUUGGAUUUCCAGCCUUGACAUCACGGUCCACAUUCACUUCCCGACUGAACAUGGGCAACCGCCAAUUCGACUGAAUUGUAUUGUACUUGGCUCCGAGUUGCAAUCCAUGACCUUCAUGGGAGGCAUGGGGCGAUUGGGAUUCGAUGCGCCCAAGAGUGGAGAGGCAGUGGUUGCGGACCGUUCUUCGUUGAUGAGACGAGCAGCUUUGGACGCCUAUGAACGCCUGGCCGACGAAGCUGAGACUUUCCAUGCCCAACACCAUUGA